AUGGAACCGCUCAGCGUCACAGCCAGCAUCAUCGCUGUUCUCCAGCUCUCGACCAAGGUCCUCGGAUACCUCAACGACGUCAAAGGUGCGUCGAAAGAUCGCGCAAAGUGUGCAGUUGAGGCCUCAAAUGUACACAGUCUCCUUACCAAUUUGAGAUUCCGUCUUGAGGAGGGAAGCGCCGAUACACCAUGGUACACCGCUGUCCGAAACCUUGGAAUCGAGAAUGGACCGCUUGACCAGUUCAAGCAAGCGCUGGAAUGUUUGCAGACUCAUAUGAAAGGUGGAGGUCGAUUACGGCAGGCAGGCAAAGCGCUGGUGUGGAAGUUUAAGAAAGAAGAAAUUGCUGGCAUAUUACAACGAAUCGAGCGCUUGAAAACGCUUGUGGAGAUCGCACUACAGAUGGACCACUUAAGCAAAUUACUUCAAGCCAUCCGAACCGAUACCAGCGCCCUCCAAACAGGCGUCCUUGCAAUGCAACCUCAAGUAGACGAGAUCUACCAAGAUCACGUUGAUACAAAGCACAGCAAGAUUCUAGAAUGGAUCUCGCCUUCUGACUUCCCUGCUCAGCAAUCAGACAUUAUAGGUCGCAGACAGGAGGGAACAGGCCAGUGGUUUCUUGAUGCACCCGAGUUUACAACGUGGCUUAGUGAGCCAAGGGGCACUCUCUUCUGCCCAGGGAUUCCAGGGGCCGGCAAGACAAUGGUAGCAGCAAUUAUAAUUGACUACCUCCUGAAGUCUGCGCAGAGCAGCCAGAUUGGAGUUGCGUAUAUAUACUGCAACUAUAAAGCGCAAGAAGAGCAGGAUACCUCUAGUAUACUUGCAGCUAUCGUUAAGCAGCUAGUGCAGAGUCGACCAUCGCUGGCAGAGCCUAUAGCACGACUGUACAAGCAGCAUGCUGAUAAAGGCACGAAACCAUCACUGGAGGAGAUCUUUGGCGUCCUUCAAGAAGUAGUCGCAAAGUAUCCCACUGUCUAUAUUGUGGUCGAUGCUCUGGAUGAGUGUCGAGGCAACGACGGCACUCGUAGUCGGCUUCUGGCCAGGCUCCAAGACCUGCAAGUAGGAGAAGAUGUCCGCAUGAUGGCCACUUCGCGGUCCAUACCAGAGAUUGAAGAUAAGUUUCAAACAGCAACAAAGCUAGAAAUACAAGCAAGCAAUGAGGACGUAAGGCAAUAUGUAGCUGGCCAGAUGUACCGACUGCCUAGAUGCAUCCAGCGUGACUCUGCACUGCAGGUCAUAGUACUAGACAAGCUUGUGGACGCGGUAGACGGCAUGUAUGCAAUUUGUGUCACAUUGGCGAAAUAG